CAAGUGUUCGCCUGGAGAGACAAUCCGCUGUCUCCAGAGACAUCCAGUGAGGGGAGAGAGAGCGAGACAGCUGCAUCUUGGAAUAGGAGCUAAAGGUAUUGCUGCCUGCAAAGUGCUAAGACUUCGAGAGAGCGCCUGGAAGCCAGAGACAUCUACUAUAGACCGAGACAGAUAUCUCUAUAGACUGAGAGAGCGAGAGACAUCUGCCCUUCUAACACUGACUCUUCAGAGACAUCCUGCUGCAGACGAUCGCUCUUCCGUCUAUAGAGAGACCUUUGAUUGAGGUUCAUGCUGCAGUUUCUGAUCGGAGACGGCCAAGACAGCCGGAGACUGCUGGGAAGGAGACCGUCACCCAGGAGGGCACCACCCAAAGCCCUGACGGACAGAACAAAGAGCGCACGAGACGGUCCGCGGGAGAGAGCGGCCGCAGAGACUGCAGAUUCAUACAUGGAAGACACAGAUUCCUCCGACUUCUUGUCUUCUGGAGACUCAGUUGGUUCAGGAAGACAUUCCACCACCACCACCGAGCAAGAAGGACGCAAGUAUGUGGACUUCGACGUGUUCCUCGCCGAUCCCAUGGAGGAAAGCAGCAGCAAAACGGAAGAUGACUAUGAGAACUCUAACGUGAUCCCAAACUCGCGGCUGACCAGUGCGGACCACCCGGUCUUGAUCCGCCUGGAGAACGAGUAUCAAGCCAGGAGGACCUUCUGGCACCGACGUUCAAGGCAGCAUCACCUUUACCAUGGAGACAUAGAAGGAAGGACAUCAUGUACCGAACAGAGCCAUCUGACUAAUGGUGAGUCAUCCCUGAAACAGAACAAGCAAUCGAAGAACUUUGUGUUGCAAGAGGACAAAAAGUUGGAAGCUCCUCAUGGACUCAAAAGGCAAAGGAAAGCAGAGAUGUCCACGCCCCCAAGUUGGUGGAACGAUGAGAAGUUGAACCUGAAAGUAUCUGAAGGAGACCGGAUAUUUGCUCAGAAGUGCCGUGAACUUCAAGGUUUUAUCAAGCCGUUGACGGAACUUCUGAAUGGACUGAAACGGGGACGAUACGAUCGAGGACUGAGCAGUUUCCAGCAGAGCGUCGCCAUGGAUCGCAUACAGCGGAUCGUUGGAGUUCUUCAAAAGCCGGAGAUGGGAGAGCGGUACCUGGGCACACUUCUACAGGUGGAAAUGAUGUUGAAGAUUUGGUUCCCUAAGGUCACCAGCUCCCAGUCCUCCUUUUCAUCUUCAUCCUCAGACUACGAUAUGGAUGAACCCCGAUAUAAAAUGGCCAAGCAUCCAGACAUCUCAUACACAGAGAAGAAAAAUUGCCAAACAGUGCCAUCACCAAGCAGCUGCUCCAUGAAUAGUCCACCUGACCAUCCACCCCAGGCCCCGCUGCACUCUGAUUGUGCCUGUUGCAAAGAAAGGGCUCCGGUUUUGGUCCAGUGGCCCAAUAUGAACCUGACAUGGAUGCACACAGCUCCCAUUUGUAAUCCACCCCUCAGCCAGGUCGACAUGCAUCACCUGAAGCGAAGCAUAGGCCAGGAGUUGUUUGGACCCAAUGCCCCCAGUUGUGGCAUCAUCUUCGUUGUGCAGAACAAUCAGCCAUCAUCACUGUCUCAUCCCGUUACCGUGUCGGAGGCCGAAAAGCCCAUCGCACCUACAAGCUUCAGACGGGAGAACCGAGAGGAACUUCCUCUCCGCAGCCAAAGUGCUCCGGCCAUCGCCCCACCUGCCAACACACAAAGUCUGAAGGCCUGCAAGGCCCAUUCACAUUCCCUGCCCCUGAUACCAACAUGUACUCAUAGACCUGAAGGAGACAAUACUUAAACUCGACCUUACGGGGUCUCCCAGUCUAGAAGAACACUCUUCACCCAAAUAUGAUCCAAACCACCCCGUUUUGGAUCCGACAAAUGACCCCCUACGCUUCAAGGCGAAGGGGAACAUUACAAGAAAACAAAAAGUUGGAUGUGUCGUGGUUGUCUUUUUCUUGUUUUCGAGGAACUCACUCCAUGAAGUUUUCCCUGUUUUCCUGAGACAUUGGGGUGGGGAACUGGGCAUGCUGAUAAAAAUAUGGUGUCUUAUUUCACAUAAACGGCAAUAUUUCAGAACCUUUUGAGGGUCUGAAGCUUUCACAAAAUGUCGGACUGCACCUCCUGGACUGAGAUGCCAAGGGUUGGGUCUCCUACAUCUCAAUACUUACAGGUCAACCCCCCUAUGGACAUUUCCCAAACCCACAUAGGGUCACCCACUUCUGGGCAGGGUUCACAUAAGCCCCAGACAUUUUCAGGCCAGGAUUGUCUAUGAAAAUCCUGGGAAAUUUGGGAUCUCCACCUACUGCUUUCUCCUUACAAGCCUCACGAUCAGUGUUGGGUUACAUGUUAAAACUUGGCACCCUCUCUUUUAUGGGUGUUCCCAGUGGAAUCUGGGCAGGGCUUAAAUGCCCCUAAGUUGCCAACAAAAAUGUUGGUAUUUAUGCGGUCUUCAGAAGAUUACGUGUAAACUGAAGUCCAAAUAGGACGUGGAGUAGUUGACCAUAGCAACCAGAUAAAAAUGCAGCCACUAUGGGUAUUGUCUCUACUCCACUGUAGGCAUAAUAGGGGAUUGAAAGGCGGAGGCCUCAUGUGCAAAUAUGGGAACUGUCUAAAAGAAAAAAACGUCUUUGCUGCCCAUAGCAACCAGUCAGAGCGCAGCUUUCAUUUUACCACAUCAGGUUAAGAAACUAAAGGUGUGCGCUGAUUGGUUGUUAUUGGCCAUACAAGCUCAGGUAAAGUGAAAGCUGCUCUCUGAUUGCUGCCAAUAACAACCAAUCAGAGCAGAGCUUUCGUUUUACCUCAGCUCAGUUUGCUAUUACUGACCAGAGCAACCAAUCAGAGCACAGCUUUCAUUUUACCAGAGCAGGUUAAGACACAAAAGCUGCUCUCUGAUUGCUGCCAGUAACAACCAAUCAGAGCAGAGCUUUUGUUUUACCUGAGCUCAGUUUGCCUUUGCUGCCCACAGCAACCAAUCAGAGCGCAGCUUUUGUGCUCUGGAAAAAUGAAAGCUGUGCUGUGAUUGGUUGCAAUUACAGUUUUCAUAAAACUGCCCCUAAAUUUAAUAGUUUUAUUGUGUAUAUACACUAAUAUUUCUGAUUACUUGGGAGACUGCAAACCCAAACAAUAUGAAGAGGAAUCCAUAACUUAAAAGGGAUGAUGCACUAAACGGGGGGGGAAGAUUUGCCCAAACUGUCUAUAGCAACCAAUCAUAGCGCAGCUUUCAGUUUUUUCUUUCAGUUUAAUUUUAAAAAAAUCUGAUUACUACUGCCGCCUGAGAUGGCAUGAUAUGAAUGCAGCCAAAGCAGCUGCCCCCCACAGUCAGCACAGCACCAAUCCAAGGCUGUCAGCCCUGUCUGACAGUCUGGUUGCUAGGCAACCAGUCUUUGGAUUGGAUUUUUCAGCCCUAGCAACCAGUCUGAAUGAGAUUUGCCUAGCAGCAGCUUUAUACUGCCUCCUGAUGUAUGGCGUUUGAAGAAAUCGGACAGGCUUGUGGCAUUUUGCUGCUGAUGCGGAGUUGCGUUCUUGCACGACUAUUCAUUUCUGGUCGGGUUCAGGUCUUUUUUUUUUUUUUUCUUAAAAUUGGGGCAAGUACCUCUAUGCACUAAGAAGGUCUAUGCAGUUUAUACAUAGGAGGCGGACAGAAAUAAAAACCUGUGACUAUGCCAGGAAGACUGUAUAUCGGUGUCUUCUCCUGCUUGCCAGAUGGUUCAGGCGCUUUGUGCAAGAGUUUAGGAAUAACCACAGCAGCACAGAGUCUUUCAGGAGAGGCGGGUGCCCAUCCAACUGAUUGCAUGCUGUUACUUGGGACAAGGCUGCCGGAUACGAGGAGUGGGAGGUCACAGAGACAAUGGAAGGAGCUGUGGGCGUGGGUCUCACAGCAGCACAGAGUAUUGCUGGACUUGGGGGAGGGAAAGCCGCGGAAUAACAGCAAGUUCUCCGCUUGUUUCUCAGCGAGGUCUUUUUUUGUUUUACCAUUAUUUUGUAAAAAUGAAAAUAAAUUUUGUAUUCAAAUCCA